AUGGCAUCUCUGUCUCUUCUUGUAGCUUUCUUCUUUUCUUUAGUAUUGUCAAGAGACUCUUUGGAAAUUCACGUCUUUGCAAUAGGACAAGCUGAUUCUCAGCUGAUAGUAUAUCCAUCUGGUUACUCUAUUCUAGUGGAUGCUGGGGAGACCACUUCUGCAUCAAUGAACUGUAAGAAGAUAGCAGACUGGAUCAAAAGUAUCUUAAAUUCGACAAAAGUUGAUGUUGGAGUUAUUUCACACUUACACCAAGACCAUGUUGGUGUUCCUUUCAAAAGCGGAUUUUGGUAUUUACUUGAGACCUCUGGGAUAUCAUUUGGACAAAUAAUAGAUAGAGACUCCGGUGUAGUUAAAAGUAAUGUGACUGACUGUUCAACAGAAGAUGACAUUGAUUGGCACAAUGUUGGCAGUUUAACAACAACAUCAAUCGAGUGGGUUUGUUAUGCAACACAAACCAAAUUGGUCACAAAAAUUCAGUCAAACAGAAAAUUGGCAUCUGCAUGUUCAAAUCAAAUUACACCUCCAGAUGUUGGGGCUUCUGUUGAAAUAGUUGUUGUUGAUGCAUUAGGAGUGACAUAUAAAAAUGUUCUCUUAAGUGGAGAUCACCACACUGAAUCUGCUCCUCCAAGUGAAAAUGAUUAUACCAUUGCACUUCGUGUUCAAUAUGGAGACUUUGUCUAUUCAACUGCUGGUGAUUUGGAUGGCCAAUAUUCUCGUGGAUCGGCAUAUUAUUAUCACGACAUCGAAACAUCAUAUAAAGAUAAAGUUGGACAAGUUGAUGUGUACCAUGCUAACCAUCAUGGGUCUGAUCACUCAAACAAUGAAAAUUGGAUGAACACCUUAAAACCCACUGUCUCAAUUGUUUCAUGUGGAGCAAAUAACAAUUAUGGUCACCCAACAUUAAAUGCAAUGACUAAUAUGAAUGUCACAUCAAAGAAGAUAUAUUUGACACAAGAUUGCAACCCCACUGUCACUGAUGGAUUUGUAGAUAAUACUGUCAUUGUGAAUGACCAAAUUAUUGUGAAGUACAAUAAAGGUGAAAAUUAUUUUACUGUUACAAAUUCAAUAGAAUCGUUCACUGAUACUUUUGAUGUCAUUCAAGACAAACCACAAAGACAAAAUUGUGACUAG